GAUGCAAUGUACGGCCUGGCACUCGCCUAUCGGCAUGGGGGAUGGCGCGGAGGUGGACCUUUCCAUGGCCACGGAGCUGUACCGCCAGGGUGGGAACCUGGGGCAUCCGCAGGCCCUCUACAAUCUCGGAUGCUGCUACAUGAACAGCACCGGAGUCCCACGCGACCCUCAGGCAGCGGUAGACUGCUACCGGCGUGCCGCAGAGCAGGGCGACAUGGAUGCUCACGUGAGCUUGGCCAAGUGCUUCCUCACCGGGGAGGGGGUGGCCAGGGGUCAGGUCGAGGCUCAGCGCCUGCUGAUGUUGGCAGCAGACCACGGCCACCCCGCUGGCCUCUCCUUUGCACAGUUUCACAAAGCGGUUCACCCCGCCCCGGCCAUGUAG